CCUUCACUUUAUCCUUCUUUUCCCACAGAAAACAUGCGAGGAGGGGUAAGGGAGGAGGCGGGGGAAGUACGAGCGAAGACGGGGCAGGCAGUUGAGAAAGUUCGGAGCCAGGUUCGGGGACUGCGGCCAAAUACUCCAAAUGGACCCUGAAGCGUCGGGAUAAGAGGACUCCAGCGAGAACUAAGGGUUAUUUAUGCCCACGGAGUAAAAGCAAAGCGUCUUCCGUCGUACACUUAGUGCAGCAGACAAGACAACGCCAUAUGACAACGAACUUUCCCCUUCUCAGUGGACUUGUUUUGUAAUGUUCUGAACGUGAACCUUUCACUCACACUCGCGUCUUCGGCAGAAGAAAAGGAGGUAGGGAACGAGGAAGAGAGUUGACUUCCUUCCUAGCUUGCUCCAUAUCUAUCUUGCUGACUGAGCGGCGGGGAGUGCUCUCCGUAGCCGGGCUCUAGGCGUUGGCAGCCGGGCAGGGAGUCCCUAGCCAUGGCGGGGGCCAAGCCGGGAGUCCACGCACUGCAACUCAAACCUGUGUCCGUGCACGAGGCACUGAAAAAUGGAGGGAAGUUUAUCAAGUGGGACGAGGAACCAAACAGCGGCCCCCCCACCCUGGUGACGCUCAAAGUGGACCCUGAUGGAUUCUUCCUUUACUGGACGGGAGGCUCCAACCCGGAGGUGGACAUCCUGGAUAUCAGCAUUAUUCGAGACACCAGGACGGGCAGAUACGCCAAGCAGCCAAAGGAUCCAAAGGUCCGUGAGGUGCUGGGCUUUGGGAAGGGGGAGAACGUUGAAGGGAAGCUGGUCACCAUCGUCUGUGGAACCGAUCUGGUCAGCAUCUCCUUCCUCAACUUCCAGGCCGUGCAGGAAGACACAGCCAAGGUUUGGACAGAUGAACUCUUCACAUUGGCUACAAACAUCCUGUCUCAGAAUGCAGCACGCAACACGUUUCUGCUCAAAGCGUACACACGACUAAAGCUUCAAGUCAACCAGGAGGGCAAGAUUGCUGUCAAGAAUAUUCUGAAACUGUUCUCGGAUAAGAAACGGGUGGAGACAGCUCUGGAACAGUGUGGUCUCAUCAAUAACAAGUCAGAGGGGGUCAAAUCUGAGGACUUCACCUGGGAGGCCUUUCAGAAGUUCCUUGACAGCUUGUGUUUACGGCCGGAGAUCCAGAGUAUAUUUGAUGAGUGUGGGUCGAAGAGGAAACCCUUCAUCUCUUUAGACCAGUUCAUGGACUUCAUAAACCGGAGGCAGAGAGACUCCAGGCUGAAUGAGGUCCUUUACCCCCCACUGAAGAGGGAGCAGGUUAGGCAGAUCAUGGAGCGCUACGAGACCAACAGCAGCCAAUUAGAGAGAGACCAGAUCAGCUUACAGGCCUUCAGCCGGUACCUGGGCGGAGAGGAGAAUGGUGUAGUGCCUCCAGAACGGCUGGACAUCAUUGAUGAUAUGAACCAGCCUCUUUCGCACUACUUUAUCAACUCGUCCCACAACACCUACCUCACAGUGGGGCAGCUGACCGGCCUGUCCUCAGUGGAGAUGUACAGACAGGUCUUACUGACCGGGUGUCGCUGUGUGGAGCUGGACUGCUGGAAGGGCCGGCCCCCAGACGAAGAGCCAUACAUCACCCAUGGCUUCACCAUGACCACUGAGAUCUCUUUCAAGGAGGUCAUAGAGGCCAUAGCUGAGAGUGCGUUCAAGACCUCUCCAUAUCCUCUUAUCCUCUCUUUUGAAAAUCAUGUGGAUUCGGCCAAACAGCAGGCAAAGAUGGCUGAGUACUGCAGGACCAUCUUUGGAGACGCACUUCUGAUCGAUCCUCUGGAGAAAUAUCCGCUGGUUCCAGGCCAGGCCCUCCCCUCUCCCCAAGAACUCCUGGGUAAAAUCCUGGUCAAGAACAAGAAGAAGCACUACCACCAACGGCCCUCGAGCAGCGGCAGCAUUCGGCACAGGGAGCUGGAGGAGCAGUCGCCUCCUGCAAACGACUGCCCCCUGUCUGAGACCAUUGGAAGCCAAUGUCUGUCCAAUGGAGAGGAGAGGCUCGCUGAGAGGAUGAUCAAAGACUCGGAGCCUCGCAAGUCCAUUGGAGGUGAGGGGGAGAGUGAGGAUGAGGAGGAAGAGGAGCCUCUGACCGAGCUGAAGAAGCCCAACUCAGAUGAGGGCACGGCGAGCAGUGAGGUCAACGCCACAGAGGAAAUGUCCACCCUUGUCAACUAUAUCGAACCUGUCAAGUUCAAGAGCUUUGAAGUGGCAUGUAAGAGGAACAAGUUCUUUGAGAUGUCGUCAUUUGUGGAGACCAAAGGCAUGGACAUUCUGAAGAAUUCCCCCGUUAAGUUUGUAGAAUACAACAAGAACCAGCUGAGUCGCGUCUACCCCAAAGGGACCAGGGUGGACAGUUCCAACUACAUGCCCCAGCUCUUCUGGAACGUGGGCUGCCAGAUGGUGGCACUAAACUUUCAAACGCUUGACCUCCCCAUGCAGCUCAACAUGGGAGUAUUCGAGUACAAUGGCCACAGUGGGUAUCUGCUCAAACCCGAGUUCAUGAGGAGAACUGACAAGUGCUUUGACCCCUUCACUGAGGACACUGUGGAUGGCAUAGUGGCAAACACCAUCAAAAUCAAGGUGAUCUCGGGCCAGUUCCUCACGGACAAACGUGUAGGAGUGUAUGUGGAAGUGGACAUGUUUGGACUGCCCACAGACACGAAGAGGAAGUACAGAACCAAAACCUCCAACGGGAAUUCACUGGACCCGGUGUGGGAAGAUGAGACCUUUGAAUUUAAUAAGGUAGUCCUCCCAACACUGGCCUCUUUGAGAAUAGCUGUUUUUGAGGAAAAUGGCAAGUUCAUUGGUCACCGCAUCCUCCCUGUCUCAGCCAUCAGACCUGGGUACCACUACAUCAACCUGAAGAAUGAGCUGAACCAGCCCUUACUUCUGCCCUCUUUGCUGGUGUGUACCGAAGCCCAUGACUACAUCCCCAAUGAACAUCUGGAAUAUGCUGAAGCAUUGAUCAACCCCAUCAAACAUGUGAAUCAACUGGACAAGCGAGCGACACAGCUGGCUGUUCUCUUAGACACUGUCGAGCUUCUCCCUAACCUGCCCAAAGGAGGAGAGCUCACCAAAGUCAACGAUACCAACCUGGCCUUCCCAUGUCCCAGUGCCAACCCUGCCCCCAGCCCCUGGAUUGACUACUCAGAAAACUUUGCACCUGCCACGGCCCCCAGUCCAAAGGAGGACCUCAUAGCCACUGUUCUGGGAGAUGUUCCAGUCAUGUCCAUAGAGGAGCUCAAACUGCAGAAAAACUAUUUAAAACUUCUCAAGAAACACAGCAGUGAACUCAAAGAACUGCGCAAGAAACACAUGAAAAAGGUGUUAAACUUAAACAAAGAGCAGAAGAGCCGGAGCUGUAAGCUGCAGUUGGACACUCAGAGGAGGCGCAGUCAGAUGGAGAAGAACCUCAAACGCAGCAUCAAGAAGAAUGAGCCCUAUGACCCCAUCCAACAGGAGCUGUCGGCCCUGGACCAUGAGAUUGCCAAACAGACAGUACAGUUGAAGGAGUGGCAGAUGAAUGAGCUGCUACAGCUGAGGAGAGAGCUACAUGUGAUGGAGAGAAAGAGGCAGGAAGCCCAUCUGGUGGAGGCCUUUCAGAAGCUCAAGGAGACUGCCAAAGAUUGCCAAGCCACCCAGCUCAAGAGGCUCAAGGAGAUGUGUGAGAAGGAGAAAAAGGAGCUGCAGAAGAUGUUGGACAGGAAGCGUCAGAACAGCAUCAGUGAGGCCAGGAGCCGAGACAAGGACAAGGCUGAAGCGGAACUCAAUGAGAUCAAUAAGAAGCACAUCCAUGACUCUGUGUCUCUAAUCCGCAGGCUGGAGGAGGCACAGACCCGGAGACAGGACAAGCUCCUGCUCAGACAGAGGGAGGUCCUGCAGCACAUCGACGAGCAGCUUCCCCUGCUCCAGAGCCAGCUGCAGAGGGACCUGGACGAGGAGUACCAGGGCCUACCGGAAGAGAUCUGCCGCUGCCUGCAAUCAGAGCUCAAUCACAAGAGCAAGGAGGGCCUGCUGAGUGGCCUGUCCCACCACAGCAGCCCUAAGGUGGGCUCUGGACCCCCCUCCAACAGCUCCACCCCCUCCUCCACCCCCACCCAGAGGUCCUGGAGACGCAGCACGGACAACUGCUCCAACAGCUCCACCCCGGUACUGUCCGAGGCUGAGAUGUCCCUCAGCUGAGUACAUACACCAGGAACACCAACUUGGGUGUCGCUCUUCCUCUUCAGCUCACCUGUCCUUUUUUUUUUUUUUUUUUUUUUUAAAGAGAGAUUGCCAAAACAUUUUUCUCAUUUAAUAUUUAUAUAAUUUAAUCUGUAUGUUUUUUAAGUUUUUAUCACUUUUUGAGAGGGUAUGUUUGGUACUUCAAAUGCUUAUAAUUCUAAAUUGUUUUUCUUCCACCUUCAUUACCUACAUGCAAUACCAGUCAAAAGUUUGGAGGCACCUUAUGAUUCAGUGCAUGUUUUCUUUAAGUUUACUACUUUUUACAUUUUAUCUACUUACAGAAGACAUCAAAUAUAUGAAGAAGAUACAUGGAAUCAUUUUGUGAAAAAAAGUUAAAUAACUUAACAAAAUUUUUACAACUUUUAUAUUAAAACCCUCAAAGUAUCCACUCUUUGCUUUUUCAACAGCAGUGCAAAGCCUUCGCCUUCUCUCUGCCAGCUUCAUGAUGAAUUACCCUGAAGUGGUUUUCACUUCACAGGUGUGCCAUGUCAGGGUCAAGAAAUGCAAGGAGUGCAAACCAGGGAUCAAAGUAAAGGGUGGCUAUUUUGAGUUUGUUUUUUGUUUUUUGCUACAUUCCAAAUGUGUAAUUUUUUAGUUUUGAUGUCUUCAGUGAGAAUCUACAAUGUCAAAUAAUCAUGGAAAUAAAAAAGAAAAUUAAAUGAAAAAGUGUCUCCACACAUAUACAUAUACACGUAGUAUAUGUAUACUUUAGUGAAUUUCUGCCCCUGUAAAUAACUUUACAUAGUGCACAGCCUGUGGACUUGCCUGUAAGUAAACUACUGAGAUAUUGUUUGAGCUUAGCAGUUGGUAAUUGUCUAACCACUGGUUGCUACACAGAGUAAUUAUAUGAGAAAGCUGCACUACGGUGUGUGACUAGCAAGGGGUACUACAACCCACUACUAUGUGGCAUUACAACAAUGCUUUCUGUUAAGUAUGUUGUACAGUGUAUGAUCACAUGAGAUCUUGUUCUUGAUUUGGUCUCCCUCACAUUCAGAAAAGCAAAUUUAAGUAUCAAUUAGGAGGUUAAUCUUAAAGGGCCUAUAUUGUACAAAUGUGACUCUUGUGAGCUUUAAGUCAUGUUAUAAUGUUGUUACCUCAUCAUUCAAGCAUGUUUGAGUAACUAUUUAUUAUUAGUCUGUCUACAACUCCAAAGCUCAAAAUGCUCUGUUCCACCUUGUGAUGUCAGCUACCUUUUACUUUUAGUUGAGAGGGACUGCCAAUUCCAGGGUGAAGGUGUAUGGAGUUUAAAAACUUCCUGUAUUGCCACAUAACAUCACAAGGUGGAACAGAGUACUUUCCAUGAGAAAAAAGAACACUAAGUAUGCAAUAUGCAGUUUUGUGUGAUUUUUU